GGGUGAAGAGAAUUGAAAAGGAAAUCUGCUUUAAGAGAGAAAAUCGGUUGUGGGCGGUCGGGUAGCACUAACCUCUAUACGGCUAGCCUAAUGGAGCCAGCAUUUUCUUGGCACCUCAUGCACUUAGAUAAGCCGUGCCCUUAUCGACCCAGGGUAUGCCGAGUCAGCUGACCGAUACCGAUAAGCGCCCCCGGACGGUUUGGAAUGACCGCAUCCUCAGUAUGGCGGCGAUGUUGUCUAGAUAACACCGCCAACCCCGCAAAUCACACAUCAACAUCUCAACCAUGUCCUCCCGCCGAGGUGUUGGCCUCGGAGCCUUUGCAAAUCGAACCCAGGCCAGCCAAUCCUACGCCAACCAUGGCGCCAACCUUCGCUCCACCCACCUCUCCUCGCUCCAAACGCAACUCUCCGUGUUCCAGUCCGUCCUCCACAGCUUCGCGCUGGAGCACAGCUCAACCAUCAAAUCCAACCCCACCUUCCGCGCCGAGUUCGCACGCAUGUGCAAUACGAUCGGCGUCGACCCGCUCGCCGCCAGCAACGUGAAAGGGAAAAAUGGCCGGAAGGCACUGGGCGGCGAGACGGGCAGUUUCUGGACCCAGAUCAUGGGCGGGGAUAUGAAUGAUUUCUACUUCGAGGUUGCGGUGCGAGUUGUGGGACUGUGUCGGGACACGCGCAGUGAAAACGGCGGCUUGAUUGGUGUCGAGGAGUGUCGGAAACGAGUAGGCAAAGGGAAAGCGAUCGGGAGUGGUCUUGAAGUUACGGAUGAUGAUGUCCUCCGUGCUGUCAAAUCGCUCGAGCCUCUGGGGUCAGGCUUUUCUAUCAUCCGAGUCGGAAGCAAACAGUAUAUCCGAUCGGUCCCGAAAGAGCUGAACACAGACCAAGCCACCGUGCUAGAGGCUAUACAAGUACUCGGAUACGUGAGCAUAUCUAUGUUGCGGCUGAACUUGAACUGGGAGAAAGCGCGGGCCCAGACCGUCAUUGACGAUCUGCUAGCCGACGGUCUGGUCUGGCUCGAUGCCCAGGCUGAAGAGAAUGAGUAUUGGUCACCACAGAACCUACUCGAUGAUAGUGGGUGAAUCGGUGAACUUACUUUCUCGGUUUAAGAACUAAAAAUGUUUUGGGGAGGCAUUCGAUAAGUGCACCAGCGGAUUAAACGGACAAUGUUGUGAGCGGGGUGGUAUAUAUAUAUCGACCCACCCCGCAUCUUCAACAUUUGAUUCUAGGCUUCAACCUUAACACUAGUGCACGCACUGCAGAAGAAGACGUGACCCAUAAAAAUAUCGAUGGUGCAGCGUCGAGUUUCGAAAUUCUAUAACCAGGCAUCAGGCUGGGAGGUUCUGACAACCUGGGCAAGACCACGAACUACCCCUCCAAUCGAAGCUACGAUGCGUCACAUAAUGAAUAUCGCAAAGACUACCUGGCUACGUAACAUGAUACCCUGAACAUUUCUCGAAAUCU